UCGUUUCAUGCGAUGCAAAACAUGUUUUCUUCAAUCAAAAUUGCUACUAAAACUCGAGUAGUCUUUGCUGGAUCUCGAGUUUUUAAAACGUGUGCUUCUCAGAGAGUCAUGAAAUGGGGGAGCGUCGACGGGAAUCAGAGCAGUGUGUCUUGCACACGGCGAAUGUCCGGGAAAGGUUUCAAUGUCCCACCGAGCGCGGAGUUUGUGGCGAGAGUCAGCGGAAUCGCGACUAUGUGCAAACUACCGUUUCAGGAAACAGCGGACGGGCUGGACGCGGCGUUUGUCGGGGUUCCUAUUGACACCGGAACAUCCAACCGUCCCGGUGCAAGAUUUGGUCCGAGGCACAUCAGGGCAGAAUCUUCUAUGUUAAGGCCCUUUAACGGCUGGACAAGAGCGGCCCCGUACGAAUCUCUAAGAGUGGCAGAUAUCGGUGACAUUAACGUCAAUCUUUUUGACCUGAAGGACACAUGCAAAAAAAUACGUGAGGGAUACCGUAAAAUUGUGGCCACAGGGUGCAUCCCGCUUACACUGGGAGGUGAUCACACAAUUGCAUACCCGAUUCUUCAGGCGGUUGCUGAGAGACAUGGUCCAGUGGGCCUAAUACAUGUGGAUGCCCAUGCGGACACUAGUGACAUGAUUCUGGGGGAGAAGAUUGGCCACGGGACCCCUUUCAGGCGCUGUGUGGAUGAGGGUCUCCUGGACUGCAAGAGGGUCGUCCAGAUCGGGCUUAGAGGGCCGAGUUAUUCUCCAGAUAAUUAUGAGUGGAGCCGAGCACAGGGUUUCCGUGUAGUCGAGGCUGUGGAGUGCUGGCACAAAUCUCUUGUCCCUCUCAUGGAGGAGGUUCGCUCACAGAUGGGAACCGGACCUGUCUAUCUCAGCUUUGACAUAGACAGUCUGGACCCUGCAUACGCUCCCGGGACAGGAACGCCCGAGAUUGCGGGUCUCACGCCCAUUCAGGGUCUGGAAAUCAUCCGAGGUUGUCGAGGUCUUAAUCUUGUCGGUUGUGAUUUGGUUGAGGUUUCUCCACCUUAUGACACCACAGGAAACACUGCUUUGACUGGUGCUAACCUCCUUUUUGAGAUGUUGUGUGUCCUUCCGAAAGUCAAAUACUAUUGAUUGCUUUAUUUUUGUUAAAGAUGUUCGUGAAAUGUCCCAGGUAAUUGCACAUUGUCAUAAAAUGUACAUGAUUUAUGUACAAAAUGGGCAUUACAAUUAUUUUCAGCAACAAAUAUCUUUAUUUGAAGUAGCAAAACAAUGUCGUACUAUCACAAUUUAUGAUAACAAUAACCCUUGAUGUUUAUGAAUUGUGGGGUGAAAUUAAAUGUUUAUUUUCACAAAAUUAUGGAAAUAAAACAUUUCAUGUUUAUUUGAUAUAGUUUCAAAACCAUUUUCAAUAGAUUAAUAAAUAAAACGGAUUAUAUAAUAACAUGA